GCAGAUUUUAAACAUAACAUCACGAUGGUGUUAAAUGAUGCACAAGGCUCGACAUUUACUUGCAACAACGGAUAUCUUAUUGACGAAAGAACUAUGGACUUGUUCUGCGAUGCCCCGAUCUCAACUGCAAAACUAACACUUAGAGGCAAAGACGUUGGUUAUCUGUGCUCUCUUAGCAUCAGCGGAGGUAAAGAAUCAAAGAAGUAAAUUAAUUUUUAAAAAACAACAAAUUGUUUACAUUGUAUAAUCAUUUUUGACUAGAUUUUAAAAAAAUUGAUUUGGGCUUGCCUUAGUCUUGUUUAAAAUGUAUGUUAAAUUGAAAAGAAAUAUGACGCUUACGUUACAGAUUCACGAAUGUUCAAAACAAUAAAAGAAACUCAGACAUUGGAAAUUCGCUUAUCAUUUAGAGAACAAUUUAACUCAUAAAAGGCUGAGAUGUAAUGUUAUUAUUUUCAAUGUUAUUUAAAAAUCAAUAAAUCUACCUUUGUGUAUAAAUUAAAAAUUUUAAACAAAAUUGUGUUAUUCCCAAUGUUUUAGAUUGAGCGUUACAUAGACUAAGAGCAUGCAAGUGUAAUGAUAAGCAUUGUACAUUGAAACUAUUAAUUUCCAAGAUAAAAAAACAUUUAAUACGUGCACACCUGUAUUCUAAUAAUUGAAUUCUCCUACAAUAAGUAAAACAAAGUGCAGGUCUUUUAUGAAAAUGCGGAUGGAGUUUAAAGGUAACAACAAAGGGGAAAGAAGCAGAAGUAGUUCUUAACUUUACAAAUUUACGGAGUCCUAGGAAUGGUCCUGACAAACUUUAUGGAAAAUUCAAAUAUAACCUUUCCCAUUCCAACAUAUUUCGUAUUUACAAUCUUUAGCGAUGAUACCUGUUAAAAAAAUAUUAAGUACUUAAUAUAAUUGUUUCUUUAAAAGUAGAACGAUUUAUUUCAGGACGCAAUGUAGCUCUUAAACAAAGAGCUGUGCAAUCAAGUAAUAGCAAUAAUCUUAGUCUUGCCGAUAAAGCUGUAGAUGGUAAC